GCAACAGAAUUCGCAAUGGCUCUUCCUGCAUUGUCCACAAGCUUCCUCCCCUCCUCAAUUCACCAUAACCAGCCAUCUCUCGUAUUCUUUAGGCACCUCUGCUCCUCCUCCUCCGCCGCCACCUCCUCCACCUCCUCCGGUGCUCAAUUCGUGACAUGCACUUUGAAGAUUGAAGCUCAAGAGAUCGGGAGACGGUCGGCGAAUUGGCAACCUAACGUUUUUGACUACGACUUUCUGCAGUCACUCAAUGUUGAUUACACGGAGGAUAAAUACUCAGAGGAAGCCCAAAGGUUGAAGAAAGAAGUCAAGGGUCUAUUCGACAGGAAGAUGAAUUCGGUGGCCAAGCUCGAGUUCAUUGACGCGGUUCAAAGACUAGGACUAGGAUACCAAUUUGAGAUGGAGAUCAAGAACGCUCUAAGUUCCAUCUAUAACAACACCGAAGAUGCUCAACUUUUGGAUGAUCUCUAUGCCGUUUCCCUUCAAUUCCGGCUACUUAGACAACAUGGAUUCAACAUAUCGCAAGAUGUGUUUCAAAGGUUUAUGAGCAAGUCGGGCACAUUCAACGAAUCCCUCAAUGAAGAUGUGAAGGGGCUUCUUGGCCUUUAUGAAGCAUCUUUUCAUGUAUUGGAAGGUGAAACCAUACUUGAUGAAGCUUGGACCUUUGCUUCCAAGCAUCUGAAGGAUCUAAACCUCGAUAAAAUUCCCACUAAUUUAGCGACCCACGUGGAUCAUGCAUUAGAAAUGCCAAUCCACUGGAGGCCAAACAGGUUGGAGGCUCGGUGGUUCAUUGACAUGUGCGAGAAACAACAAGACAUGAUCCCCUCUUUGCUACGAUUGGCUAAAUUAGACUUCAAUUCAGUGCAAUCAAUCUACAGAAAGGAAGUCAGCACUCUGGCAAGGUGGUGGGUUGAACUAGGGGCGAACAAGAUGACCUUCGGUCGGGACAGGCUAAUGGAAAACUAUUUUUGGAGCAUGAUUAUGGUUUUCGAACCUCAGCAUAUAGCUUUCAGAGAAAUGAAUGGGAAGAUCGCUAGUAUGGUGACACUUAUCGAUGACGUUUAUGAUGUAUAUGGGACGCCCGAAGAGCUUGAGCUCUUAACAGAUUUCAUUGUCAGGUGGGACAUCACAGACGUCGAUAGGCUUCCUCCAAUAAUAAGGGAUAGUUUCAUGGCCUUGUACAACACGACCAAUGAAAUUGGGUAUUGGACGAUGAGAGAGCGAGGAAUCAACCCCAUCCCUCACCUGCAGAAAUCGUGGGCUGAAGAAUGCAAGGCGUACCUGAAGGAGGUCCAUUGGUGCAGCAAGGGCAUUAAACCGACCCUGAAGGAAUACAUGGAUGUUGCGACGUAUUCAACCGGAGGGCUGGUUAUGCUGUUGGCCAGUUACUUCCUAACCACAGACAAAUUGACGGAAGAGGGACUUAAUUACGUGUCGAAAAUCCCGAGCAUCAUGCAUUGUUCUUGCAAGAUGCUUCGACUCAUCAAUGAUUUCAGUACAUCAUCGGUAACUUACUUUUAUAUUGGUCUUCUCCUUGUAAAUAGUGGCUCAUAAGAAAAAAAGAGUACA